AUGGCUACUACUACUUCAUUUCUGCAUCUUAUGGUUACUGAUAACAACAACAACAACAACCAUGAAGAUCAACAACCCAUGAUGGAUAAUAAUCCUGUUCUCAGUGAGGAAACAACAAGAACAAGGAGUUCUAAUGAACAUGGAGGAAGAAUCAUCAGAUCAGGAAGGAAUAAAGGUGCUCGUGUCAAACCAAAGAAACCGCCACAAAGAGGCUUAGGUGUUGAACAGCUUGAAAGGUUAAGAAUGCAAGAGUCUACUUUUGGUGGUAACAAUGGUGGUGUUACUAUGAAGUAUGGUGCUGCUGCAGCACCAUCAGCACCAAGAAGCCAUGUCCAUGCUGGUGGGUUUCAAUUCAUCCCUCAACAAGUUUUUCAUGGAAGUGCUGUUGGUCAUUUCAUGGGGAAUAAUAGGAGUGGCUUUAGUGGCGGUUCUUCUUCUUCUUCUUCUUGUUCGUCGUUUGGAUCUGUGGCAAUGGCGCCAGUUUUUAAUCCUUUGCUUGGAACCCCUUUGGUUGAGACCUCGAGAUCAGAGCUCACUUCAAUACCAAAUCUUCACCACCAUUCUCACCUUCAUCAACCUCUUGAUUUUUGCCUUAAGAAAACAAGGUUCAAUAAUGAGGAGAAUGUGAAUGGAUCAAAUGCAAGGAAGGAGAACCCUUUGAUUAUAUGGAACAAUGGUCCUAAUUUUGUUGGAUAUGAAGCCCCAAACCUUGAUGAUAGGGAAGAAGUCACUGAGAUUAUUAAGAAUGAUGAAGCUGCUGCUGAUGAGGGUGUGGAAGUUGUUGCUGUUCACAGGAAGGGAAACUCAGUGUGUGGCAGAGUUUUCAUGGAAUAUGAGUUUUUCCCAGGAAAAGAUGGCAGAGGCACUUCUUCCAAGGAGCUGGAAUUUCCCACAAUUGCUGCUGCUGAAGCUGAAGCUUCCCCUAUCACUGUUCCUCCUCCUCCUACUUCUACACCCUAUAGAAAACUUCCUCCUCCUUCUUCCAAUUCCAACACCAACAACAACAUUGAUUUGUCUCUCAAGCUUUCUCGCUAG